AUGGCUUCCAAACAGGACACGCCGUUCCGCUCGGCGGAAAUGAGCAUGGUGCAGCUGUAUGUCUCCAACGAGAUCGGUCGUGAGGUCGUCACUGCUCUCGGAGAGCUUGGGCUGUGUCAGUUUCGAGACUUGAACGAAGAUGUCAGCGCUUUCCAGCGAACCUACACCCAAGAAAUCCGGCGCCUGGACAACGUGGAGAGACAGCUUCGCUAUUUCUACGGUCAGAUGGACAAGGCCGGAAUCAAUCUUCGAAAGCUUGAUCUCGACACCGAGCGCCUCGCCUCUCCCUCAACAUCGGAGAUCGAUGAGCUGGCUGAGCGAAGCCAGAAGCUAGAACAGCGAAUCUCGGCUCUUAACGACAGCUACGAAACGCUCAAAAAGCGCGAAGGCGAUCUCACCGAAUGGCGUUGGGUCUUGCGCGAGGCCGGCAGUUUCUUCGACCGCGCCCACGGCAAUGUGGAAGAGAUCCGAGCCUCCACCGACAACGACGAUGCCCCUCUACUCUCCGACAUUGAGCAGCACAACACGGCGCCCGAGGUGGAGCGAUCCUUCUCGGGCAUGAACAUCGGGUUCGUUGCCGGCGUCAUCGCUCGAGACCGCGUCGCUGCCUUUGAGCGUAUCCUGUGGCGAACGCUUCGUGGAAAUUUGUACAUGAAUCAAUCCGAGAUCCCGGAGCCCUUGAUUGAUCCUACCAACAACGUGGCUGUCAACAAGAACGUUUUCGUCAUCUUCGCCCACGGCAAGGAAAUCCUUGCCAAGAUUCGCAAGAUUUCAGAGUCUAUGGGUGCCGAGGUCUACAAUGUCGAUGAGAAUAGCGACUUGAGACGCGAUCAGAUCCAUGAAGUCAACAACCGACUCGAGGACGUGCAGAAUGUCCUGCGCAACACCCAGACCACGCUCGAGGCGGAGCUCAACCAGAUUUCUCAGUCCUUGUCUGCUUGGAUGGUCUUGAUUGCCAAGGAAAAGGCUGUUUACGGCUCUCUCAACCUGUUCUCUUAUGAUCGAGCUCGACGAACCCUCAUUGCAGAGGCAUGGUGCCCCACGAAUGACUUACCGCUCAUCCGAUCGACUCUCCAGGAUGUCACCAACCGAGCUGGUCUUUCCGUCCCGUCGAUCAUCAACGAAAUCCGCUCCAACAAGAAGCCACCGACCUAUCUCAAAACCAACAAGUUCACUGAGGGCUUCCAGACCAUCGUCAAUGCAUACGGCACUGCCACGUACCAAGAGGUCAACCCGGCAAUGCCCGUCAUUGUCACCUUUCCGUUCCUCUUCGCUGUCAUGUUUGGUGAUUUCGGUCACGCUGUCAUCAUGCUGUCGGCCGCGCUGGCCAUGAUCUACUGGGAAAAGUCGCUCAAGAAGGUGUCGUUCGAGUUGUUUGCCAUGAUCUUCUACGGCCGAUACAUUGCCUUGGUCAUGGCUGUCUUCUCGAUCUUUACCGGCCUCAUCUACAACGACGCCUUCUCAAAGUCGAUGACGCUUUUCUCCAGUGCUUGGGAGUACAAGAAGCCAGAAGGUUGGCAAGAGGGCCAGUCUGUCGACGCCGUGCUGAACACCGGUGGCUACCGCUACCCCUUUGGCAUAGACUGGGCCUGGCACGGGACCGACAAUGAUCUUCUUUUCAACAACAGCUACAAGAUGAAGAUGAGCAUCAUCCUUGGCUGGGCUCACAUGACCUACUCGCUGUGCUUCUCGUACAUCAACGCCCGGCACUUCAAGAAGCCCAUCGACAUAUGGGGCAACUUCGUCCCUGGAAUGAUCUUCUUCCAGUCCAUCUUCGGAUACCUCGUCAUCUGCAUCAUCUACAAGUGGUCUGUUCAGUGGAUCGAUUUGGAGAAGAAGGAAGUCCUUGCAGCGCCUCCCGGUCUCCUCAACAUGCUCAUAUACAUGUUCCUCCAGCCAGGAACUUUGGAUGCUCAGCUCUACCCGGGUCAGGCGCCGGUACAGGUUGUUCUGCUGCUGUUGGCCUUUGUACAGGUCCCGAUCCUGCUUUUCCUCAAACCCUUUUACCUCCGCUGGGAACACAACCGUGCUCGUGCCAAGGGAUAUCGUGGCAUAGGGGAAACGUCUCGGGUUAGCGCACUGGAUGGCGACGAUGAAGACGAGGCUCCUGUGAACAGGCACGGCCACAGCAUCGACGAAGAUGGAGAGGGCGUGGCUAUGAUCUCGCAAAACAUCGACGACGAGCACGAGGAAUUUGACUUUGGCGAGGUGAUGAUUCAUCAGGUCAUCCACACCAUUGAAUUCUGUCUCAACUGCGUUUCCCACACGGCGUCGUAUCUGCGUCUCUGGGCUCUCUCGCUCGCCCAUCAGCAACUCAGCGUCGUGCUCUGGGACAUGACUCUGGGUCCAUCGCUGAAGAUGCAGGGCGCCGUCGGCGUCAUCAUGAUUGUGGUGUGCUUCUACUUGUGGUUUUUCCUCACCAUAGCCAUUUUGGUCGGCAUGGAGGGUACCAGCGCUAUGCUGCACUCCCUCAGGUUGGCCUGGGUCGAGUCUUUUUCCAAGUUUGCCGAGUUUGCUGGAUGGCCCUUUGCGCCGUUCUCGUUCAACACUCUACUAGAAGAGUCGGAGGACUUGAAGGAGUACUUGGGAUGA